CAUAUAAACAAUUAAUAAUGUUGAGAAUUUUCUAUACUUAAGGCAUUGCCUCAAUGGAUAUUGCACAAGAUGACUAUCUUUUCAUACCUGCAUAGAGCCACACCCGUCACACAAAAUCGAUGAGAAAAAAAUCAGUCCCUGUGGAAUUUUUUUGCUUUGUUUACAGUAUGGGAUGGACCCAUAAAAUCUUAGAAAAGUUGAUUAAUACAAAGGCCACUAAUAUUGAUUAAUUUAAAACUUUAAAUAGAUUGAUUUUGUCAUGGCUUCAAUUCCGCUGACACCGAAGAGUUCUGUAAAGAAGUCUAGUCCUUUUAACUUAUCCAGUCCAAAUGUAAGAAGUAUUUCCAAAAAGACUAUUGUAACAUUAAAUGAAGAAGAUGUAUCAUAUAUUGAAGAUGAAGAUGCUACAUAUUAUAAUGAGACCACUGCAUAUUCCGAUGAUGAUGAAUUAGAUGAAGAUUUAGAUGAAGAUGAUGAGGAUGAUGAAGAAGAAGAUGAAAAUCUUGAAGUGGAAAAGAUCGAUAAGAAAAAUAUUAUUAUAAUAAGUGAUGAAGAAGAAUUACAAGGAGAUACUAUCGAGUCAAAGACUAAAACUUAUAUUCCUCAACCACAUCUGAAAUUCUAUCAAUUUUUAAUCAAGCAUGAAAUACCAAGAAAAACAUUCCAUUCAUCUAUUGGAUUUUUUACCUUAUGGUUAUAUACAUUAGGAACAAGUACUCAUCAACUUAUAGCACCUAUGUUUACCAUUUUGGUGCUAGUCUUUGCUAAUGACUUUAUUCGCUUUCAAAAUCCAUCAUUAAAUAGAAAGAUUGUUAAGUAUAUGUGGUUCAUAAUAAGAGAAAAAGAAGUUAAUGAAUACAAUGGUGUCUUAUGGUACUUAAUUGGUUUAAUUAUUGUUUUCAGUAUUUUACCUAAGGAUAUUUGCGUUAUGAGUGUCUUAUUACUUAGUUGGGCUGAUACUGCAGCUUCAACUUUUGGAAGACAAUUUGGAAAAUAUACUCCACAAAUUUCAAAAGGUAAGUCAUUAGCAGGAUCAAUAGCAAGUUUCAUUGCUGGUAUUAUCAGUUGUUACAUUCUUUAUGGUUACUUCAUUCCUACAUUCACCGAAAAAGUUGAUUUACCAGGUGAAAUAUUUUGGACUGAAGAAACCAGUUCUUUAAAUUUAUUUGUAUUUUCUUUAUUUUGUGGAUUCAUUGCUAGUGUUUCAGAAUUCAUUAAUUUAUUUGAUUUAGAUGAUAAUUUUACCAUUCCAGUUUUGAGUGGAUUUUUCAUCUAUGGACUUGUGAAUAUUACUCGUAUUUAAGUAAUAUGUUAUGAUAAAUAUGCAUCCAAUAAUCUAUAGAAUACCCCUUGCAUUCAUUAGUUAUAACAUUUAUUUUCAAAUUUUGUUUGUUAUAGUUC